AUGUCUGACCGAGGCACCUCUUUCACUUCACAGCUCUGGAUGUCCCUGGGGCAGCUAUUGGGCACCUCCAUCCAUCACGCCACUGCCUACAACCCAGAAGCUGACAGCAUGGUGGAGCGUUUCCACCAAGCAGCUUUCCAUCAGGGCAGCUUUCCCCGAUGUAACAACUUAAUGUGGUUUUCACAACUUUCCUGGGUCCUUCUUAGCCUUCGAAUGACUCCAAAGGAAGGGCUCGAUGUCUCCCCAGCAGAGAUGGUUUUCGGUAACCCCCUUGUGGUCCCCAGCGAAUUCUUCCCCAAUGCUCCAUUCAGCAAAGACAUCGCCAGACUGCAACGCAUCGCCGGGAAGUUUACCCCUUACAAACAGACCUACAGGCCACCCAAACACUGUUACGCCCCCCCAAGAUCUAUGUACGAUGAAGCAUGUUUUUCCUCCACGCCUCCCCUCACCCAUCCCUACUCUGGCCCAUUCGAGGUCAUUGAGAGGAAGGAGAAAGCAUUCCUGUUGCUGAUUAAAGGCACCAACGAUUGGACCUCGAUAGAUUGCCUAAAGUCAGCAUAUCUUCAUGACGACGACCCCCCUCCAGUACAGUUCUCCAGGGUGGGCCGCCUCCUCUCACAUGCCAUGGGGCACCUUCGCUGA